UGAGUGGAGCCCUCAUCACUUGGGGUCUGGAAGGGGUACGAGCCAGGAAGCCAAGGAUGAAGCUCCUCUUCGCGGCCACCUUUGCACUCUUUGUGCUCUCAUCCUUGUUGGACGAGGCGCACUCGUCGGCCUACGACAAGAUAGUGGCGCACAGUCGCAUCCGGGCGAGGAACCAAGGGCCCAAUGUGUGCGCCUUGCAGCAAGUCAUGGGCACCAGGAAGAAGUACUUCAGCACUUGUCGCAAUUGGUACCAAGGCGCCAUCUGUGGAAAGAAAGCGACCGUCCUUUACGAGUGCUGCCCAGGCUACAUGAAACUGGAUGGAAUGCGCGGUUGCCCUGCAGUGGCCCCGAUCGACCAUGUGUAUGGCACAUUGGGCAUGGUGAAGGCCCAUUCCACACAAAGAUACGCUGACAUGUCCAAGCUAAGGGGUGAGAUCGAGGGAUCUGGCUCGUACACCUUCUUUGCACCCAGCAAUGACGCCUGGGAGCUUUUGGAUGAGAGCAUGCGGACUGCGCUUGUGAGCAACAUCAACAUCGAGCUGUACAACGCCUUGCAUUACCACAUGGCCAACCAGCGCCUCCUGACCAAAGACUUACGCAACGGCAUGACAGUCACCUCCAUGUACAACGACCUGGGUCUUCUCAUCAAUCACUACUCCAACGGGGUGGUGACCGUCAACUGCGCUAGGAUCAUCCACGGCAACCAGGUGGCCACCAACGGCGUUGUCCAUGUGAUCGACCGCGUCAUCAGCGCCGUCGGGACCACCAUUCAGGACGUUAUUGAGGUUGACGAUGACCUGUCCACACUGAGUGAUAUUGCCCAAAACUCUGGAUUGCUGGACAAGCUGGGUCAGCCCGGACAUUUCACUCUAUUCGCCCCCACCAACGAAGCCUUUGCCAAGCUAGGAGGUGACGUGCUGGAAAGGCUCCAGAGCGACAAGCAGGUCCUCCAAGCUCUUCUGAAUUUCCACCUCCUGGACUCGGUGCAGUGCUCCGAGGCCAUCAUGGCCGGCACUUCUUAUGAGACUCUGGAGGGCAACAACAUUGUGAUCGGCUGUGACGGCGAGAGCUUGACUGUCAAUGGCAUUAAGAUGGUACGCAAGAAGGACAUUGUCACAACCAACGGCGUCAUCCACCUCAUUGAUCAAGUGCUCAUGCCAGACUCAGCUAAACAGGUGAUGGAAUUGGUGGGAAGCUCCCAGUCCACCUUUGGCGACAUGGUGUCAGAGCUGGGUCUCUCUGCUGCCAUGAGGCCUGAGGCCGAGUACACUCUCCUGGCCCCGCUCAACACCGCCUUCAACGAUGAGGUGAUGUCCAUGGAUCAAAGGAUGCUCAAGUUUAUCCUGGAGAACCACAUCCUGAAGAAAAAGAUCAUCCUCGGACAGCUUUACAAUGGCCAGACGCUGGAGACAAUUGGCGGGAAGCUUCUGAGGGUCUUCAUCUAUCGCACUGCCGUGUGCAUCGAGAACUCCUGCCUUAUCAGAGGUAGCAAGGAGGGAAGCAACGGAGCGCUCCAUCUCAUGAGGAGCUUCCUCAAACCGGCCGAAAAAUCCGUGUAUGAGAUUCUGAGAGAUAAUGGCGGGUUCAAGAUCUUUUUGUCUCUGAUGGAAGAUGCCGGACUGACUGCGUUGUUGAGACAAGAGGGAGACUUCACCUUAUUCGCCCCUACCGACAAGGCUUUUGCUGGUUUGAAAGAGAGAGAUUUCACUCUGCUGAAGAGUGACGUAAAUGCUCUCCGAACCAUCCUUCUGUACCACAUCAAUAAUGGCAUUUUCAUUGGUGGCGGUUUGGAGACUGGAGUGACGAACCUUCUCAAGUCCCUGCAAGGCAGCAACCUCAAAGUGAUGUUUGCAAACGACACCAUGCGAGUCAAUUCAGUCCAAAUCCCCGACUCUGACAUCAUGGCCACAAAUGGAGUCAUUCACUUUGUCAACCGACUCUUGUAUCCCGCAGAUAUCCCUGUUGGAAGCCAGGAUCUCCUCUCGCUACUGAAGAGGCUCAUUACCUAUAUACAGAUUAAGUACAUUCCAGGCUUCCGAUACCAGGAAAUCCCCCUCACGUUUUUGACUCCCGACGUGACCAAAGUGACGAGGGUCAUCCAACAGGAGCCGUCCAUCACCAAAGUGACCAGGGUCAUUGAACGUGAACCCACCAUCACCAAAGUCACCAGAGUUGUCUCAGGACCUCAGUACUCAGUCAGCACUGGCACCUCCCACGUUGAAGUGGACGGAACUAACCUUGCAGAAAUCUCUACCAUCGAAAAGGAUAACAAUUUCGAUGGCGACCGACUUGUCAAAAUGAUCAAAGAGGGCGUUUCAAGGAGAAAACCUACCCGAAGAGUUUUAGCUGGCACCAGGCGAAGAGGAAGGGACUUAGCCUCGACGAAGGGGAGUGACCGGAAUUAAAGCAGCAAGGCUUCAAAGCACAGCAGGUUGAAAGUGGCUUGCCGACACAGGGACGCACUUUAAAUGUCAUUUCAAGUAUGCUCUUGGUGAAAAGAAAAUUGUUCCGGUAAGCAAGCUCGACGGUACGUUGAAUGCAAAUCCACUUUAAGGGUCUCAGAUGCAAGCAAAAGAACAUUCAUUCUGACUUUAAUACGAGCCAUUAGUGUAGCAAUAAAAGAAAAAAAAUACUAUACUUUUUCCCUGUGCCUUUGCCGCAGUCAAAGCAAUGAAACACAAGUAGAAGAUUUUGUAAAUCCGAGCAUGAUAAAUAAGUAGAUAAAUGUUUUCAGACCCUGAAAUGCUGUUAUCUCCGCUGACGUUGAAGUUGUUGAAAUGUUUCAUGCACAUUUUUAUGUGUCUCUCAUUUCCAACAAUGUAUCCAUCUCGUGGUUUCCCCGCUUUCUCUCUUUUUCCCAACCAUUUUCCAAUAAAGUGCAUUCUUUGAUAUAAA